AAAUGACAAUUAUAAUGAAGAUGUUUUUCGAGUUACAUGGAUUAUUUUUAAAUUUCAUAAGAAAAUCGUAAAAUGCAUUUUAAGUUUUAAGUAUUUUAUUUUUAUUGUAGGAAAUAACAUUUAAAAUAGGAUAUUUUCUCUUGUAGUUGAGGUCGGUACAUAAUUAUUUAAAAUUACUACCAGAAAUACUUUUACUUUCAAUUUAUUUUUGUAACUAUAGAUAUUUAUAUAUAUAAAGUGACAUGAAGCUGCUAAAGCCACUAUGGGUGACAGGGAGAAGAAGAGUGAGCACAUGGUCACCACUUGCCACAGCAUUCAACACAAGGCCAACAUCAAGGCCCAUCUUUGACUCCUUAAGAGAAAGAACUGGUCUAUUUAACAAACCCGAACUCACUAGUUUUGAGGGAUUUUACACGCUUAAAGAACAAGCUAUAGCAGCCACAGACCGCCUCAUAGAAGAGGCGACCUCCAAUCCCUCAAGGCCAAUGGUGGAUAUUUUUGAUGAGCUAUCAGAUACACUAUGCAAGGUUGCAGAUUUAGCUGAGUUUGUCCGUAUAGCACAUCCACAAUCACAUUUUGCAGGUGCCGCUGAAGAGGCUUGUAUCAGUGUUAGUGGAGUUGUGGAAAAACUAAAUACUCAUAAAGGUUUAUAUGAAGCUUUGCGUGACUCAGUGGAGAAGAACACAUGUGGCGAUCGCCAUUUAGCUGAACUGUUCCUGUUUGACUUUGAACAGAGCGGUAUACAGCUGCCUGACGGACCGAGACAACAAGUAGUGGCUCUCAAUGAUCUUAUCCUGCAAACCGGUCAACAAUUUAUGGCAGGAGCGGCCAAGCCCAGGAAAGUUCCGCGGUCCGCUGUACCUCAAAAUGUUAGACAAUUUUUUAGCACGGAGGGUGACAACGUGAUAGUGAGCGGCGUGUACGCGGAGUGCGACGAGGGCGCGGCGCGCGAGGCGGCCUACCGCCUGUAUCUGGCGCCCGACGUGGGGCAGGAGCGGCUGCUGCUCACCACGCUGCACGCGCGCCAGCGUCUGGCGCAGCUCUGCGGGUUCUCCUGCUACGCAGACCGAGCGAUAAAGGCGAGCACGAUGGAGACGUCGGCUAAUGUGCGACAGUUCCUGGACAUUCUGUCGGACAACCUGUACGACCGCGCGAAUAUUGACUUCGAGGCCAUGACACGCAUGAAGAAGAAGGAGACGCCUUACCUAGAUACAUUAAUGUGCUGGGAUACUCCUUACUUCACGCACAAAGCUAAGACGCAGUUGCUGAACGUCGCGACGUCGGACUUCAACCCGUAUUUCUCACUAGGCGCCUGCAUGGAAGGUCUGAAUAUGCUCUGCCAGGAGCUAUAUGGCAUUACUUUGCAGCCUGAGGAGAUGUUGCCAGGCGAGUCGUGGUCACCAGACGUGUACAAGCUGGCAGUGAUGCAGGAGAGUGAAGGUCUAUUGGGCCACAUCUACUGCGACCUGUACGAGCGGCCCGGCAAGCCGCACCAGGAUUGCCAUUUCACCAUUCAGGGCGGGAAGCUGCUCGCUGACGGGUCUUAUCAGAAUCCAAUAGUGGUGGUGAUGCUGUCGCUGAGCGGCGGACAUCGGUCGGGGCCGGCGCUGCUGGGCCCCGGCGCCGUGGACAACCUGUUCCACGAGAUGGGCCACGCGCUGCACUCCAUGCUGGCGCGCGCGGCCCACCAGCACGUGGCCGGCACGCGCUGCGCCACCGACCUCGCCGAGCUGCCCUCCGUGCUCAUGGAGCACUUCGCCGCCUGCCCCAGUGUGGUCCGUCGGUUCGCGCGCCAUUUCCAAACCCGCGAGCCGAUGCCGGAGGAUAUGUUGCAGCGCCUCUGCGCCUCCAAGCAUCUCUUUGGUGCCAGUGAGAUGCAACUGCAGGUGUUCUACUCCGCGUUGGACCAGCGCUACCACAGCGAGGGAGCUCACGAGGACUCCACAGACGUGCUGCGACAGGUCCAAAAGCGGUACUACGGCCUGCCUUACGUCGAAAAUACGGCGUGGCAGCACCGCUUCAGCCACCUGAUCGGCUACGGCGCGAAGUACUACUCGUACCUGAUCUCGCGCGCGCUGGCGUGGUGCGUGUGGCGCCGCCACUUCGAGGCCGCGCCGCUGUCGCGCCCCGCCGGCGCCGCGCUGCGUCAAGGCCUGCUGCGCCACGGCGGCGCCGUCCCGCCGCAGAUUCUGCUACGCGAUUAUCUAGAGACAGAAAUAACUCCCAAUACACUGGCGAUGGCGCUGACCGAAGAACUGGAUUAUCACAAGGAUCACCUCGAUACAGUGUUCAAAAUAGUUGACAAGUAACAUAUCAAAAGACUCUUAAUUUAGUUGAAACGAGUACCGUUAGCCAAACAAUCCAAUGUUUAUCAAAUCUACUAAUACAAGAGAUAAACGCGAACUUUUUCAUUGACAGAUGUGACUUUUUACAAAUAUAGAUAAAGUUAGCUUUUAUGUUUUUAAUAAUUGAGGCAGAAGUGUUUUUCUUAUCAGUAAAGUGCUAAUAACAUAUUGAAUACUUAUUAAUAAUAUUUAUACAUACACAAAGUAGAGAUAUUUAAUUUGAUCGUACGUUUUUUUUCAACUGUCAAUUUAUUUGUAGAACAAAUUGCACGUUUACAUGCAGUGUCUUAGUUAUAAAAUAUGAUUGCAUAAUAAAUGAAGCAAUAAUCGACAAUCCCCUUUAUAACGAAAUACCUUUAGUGUUUCGACUAAUUAAUGUCUUCCCAAAUUAUUAUUGUAAGAUAUAUGUACUUUAGAUGUAAUAAUCUGUAAUUGAUCUGCCCUUAGUUUAAAAGUCGUAAAAAUAGCAUUCAAAGACCUAUUUUUUUUUUAUUGAAACUUGGGUUGAAGAGAAUAUUACUUUAAUUAUCGUUCAGUCAUACAUCUAGUUAAAUUUAUAUUACUCGACUUUAGCAUAAAUAUGGCCUUUAAUGAAUCGAAUCCUUAGACUUUUAAUGAAAAUAUAGGAUACAAGGUACUUAAUAAUAAUACACAAUUGAAGUACCUACCGAGUUUUUUUAAAUGUUAUUUAAUUGGAAUAAG